UUCUUCUUCUUUUUUAACCCACGUCAUCUACUUGUAUAAAUGUGUGAUUGAAAUUUGCUCCACCUGUCAUCCUGGAUUUAAACUUUGAGCUCUUAAAUUAGUGCAGUAACCCAGAGAUGGGUAGCAGAUAUGGGGAUUUGUAAGUUCUCUAUUUUCUCUUCUAUGUGGAAGUAGAAGUGAUUAUGAGUUUGCUUUGAUAAAUUUUUCCCUAUGAUUCUUAGCUGAUCAGCAAUGUCAAAUAGAUUGAAGGGGCAAAUUCUCUACUAUUAUAUUGAUGUAGCGUGUUUAAACUGGAAGACACGAUUCUGUGUAGUGUAUAAUGAAUACUGCUUUUACUGCAGAUGUUAGAAAGAAUUGGGACAUUGAUUUUUCUCUAAUAGGUCACUGAUAAGUUUUUCUUUGACAUUAGUUUCUACUACUAUACUCUCCUCUGUUUAAUAUUGGACCUGAACUUUACAAAUUUAGGAAGUAGGAAAUUCACAACUUUUUGCCAAAGAAAGGGGGUCUGAAGGAACCCAAGCACAGACCUCUCAGGAACAUACAGUGGGGCUGAGCACUGCACUAACCCCUCAGAGUCGUUAGUUGUUUCUUGUUUUAUUUUCAAGAGUUUUAUCUUUUUCUUAGAUUAAUAGCUGCUUUAUAUAGGUAGCUGUCACUGGAUUUUUCUGUUAUUUUAGUUUACAAGGUUGAUCUUGCUUGUGUGUUUUGUGAAUAAUGAAUGAGAUGCACUGUUAUUAUGAGAAAGUGAUGAUUUCGUCUCUGGGACUGCAGGGGAUUCCACAGAGGGUUCACCUGGAACAAGCAAUCAAGCCUCACCCUCUGUUAACCUUACUUGGGAAUACUCCCUGACUGUCUAGUCCAAUUCCUGCAAUGAAAUGUGGUCUAAAAUUCACAUGCUUGAGCCAAGAAAUGAUUAUUUAUCCUGCCCGAGUCCUCCACCGCCCUCUCCUUGAACUCCUUGACAUUUUCCCUCUUGACCAUCAGUCCAUCAGUCAAUCACUAUGUGAUAACGCUUUUGAAGCAUUCCUCCAUUUUGACUGUGUUGACAACCCAUUUCCCUGCCCUGAUGCCAACAACUUCCAAGAAAUGCGUCAUUGCUUUUCCAAGUUGAAACAACAACUAGACCAUAAUCUUCGAAAAUCUCACUCAAGGGUGUCUCGUUUCCACCAUACUACCAGGGGCACUGCCAAUUGUAUCAUUGGCACUGCUGUGGCAUUUACUAUAACCACUGCAGCUACUGCUACUCAGGCACUUCUUGACACAAUUGAUUGGCUUGUCGGUCGAUUAUACACUGCCAUUGAGGGAGGCAAGCUGCUGGUAAGGUUUGGAUUGGAGAGGGGCAAUGACAAGCAUUCCAUUCAAGAGGCAGUGAAAAAACUAAAAGGUAAACCGGCUCACUCUCCUGCUUGAGGAUCUUUGCUCCUCCAGGAAAUCAGUCUUACCCUCUUACCCAAACUAGCAGUUCCUAACCAUUUUUGGUAAUAUUUUCUAGUCAUACUUGAGAAUUAUAUUUCUAUUCUGAUUAUGCAUCAUUCCUUAACCCUGAGAUAGAAACUAGGCCUUUACCCCUUUUUACAUGGGCUUGCUGCACUUUUUAUACAGAUGAAGUUGCAAGUGCCAAGACCUUCAAGUCAGAAAACCUGGUUCAGUUUUCCAACAUGCUUAUUUCCUCAAAAUUUUGAUGAAAGUUUUGGUACUCAUACAAAGCUGAUGUAGUAAUGGUGAUUUUUCAAGGACUAAUGUGUAUUAUGAUAAAUAUUUCGUUAAAUUACAGCUAUGAACUUUCUUU